AUGAGGGGUGGAUAUUAUGAUCAAGGGAGAUCAAGACCUCCCGUUGACAACAGAACAUAUGCCCAGUCUCCGGGGUAUGGAACUCCCGCGCACGUGUCGCCGCCAGCCCAAUCACCGUAUAGCCGGGGAGGUUGGGAAGGACAACAGUAUGGCAGCCAUCAUGGCUCACCCGCACACGGUUAUUCUCCGGGCCACCCCCAGUAUCAACAGAGCUACCCGCCCAGUGGGCACCAAGGCUCAUACUAUCCGCCUCAACAGUAUAGUCCACCUCCACACCAGUCGCAGCAAGGGUACCAAAAUCCGCCACCCAGAGGGGGUCACGGAGCAUCCCGCGGCAGCCAGUACACAUCAGAUCGGCGAUACUCCGGUCCACCCGUCCAAGCACAAAGAGGUCGUGGUGGACACUUUAGCAAUCUCUCAUGGACGCCAGCGACCGGCAGUCGAGGUGGGCGCGUGCCAACGCAAGGCCGUGCAGUAACGCAGACAUCACAAACCGGAAGCGCCUCUGGCACGCCAGGACCUCAGGAACAAGCCGAAGCCCCUGCUGAAGAGGAGGAGAACCCAUUCCGUCCCUCCAAGGAUCUUAGGGUAGAGGAUCAGAGUGCCAAAGAGGCCAAAGAGGUCAAAGAGGAGAAGAUGCCACCACCCAGCAAAGCAAUCUCAACUACUGCAGAAAGCCAAGCAGCUUCAAAAAUCAGUUUCGCGCUCAAGUCGAAGACCGGUCCCCCACCCGCCCCAGCGCCCAAGGCCGACCUCACUCAAGGACCACGCGACUCGCCGCUGCUUCCCAAAAGUAAAACAGCUGCAUCAUCGUCCUCGGCGCCAAGGGACAAGUACGAUUCUCGAGAUGAGUCCAGGUAUGAUUCAAGAUAUGAUUCGCGUGAUUACAGAUACGAUCCGCACUACGAUUCCCGACGCGACCGCCGCGAUGACCGUCGUGAUGAUCGCCGAGAAGACCGCCGGGACGACCGACGAGACGAUCGACGAGAUGAUCGACGAGAUGACCGGCGAGAUGACCGGCGCGAGUAUUCUCAGACGGACAGACGGCCUGAUUAUAGAGCGUACGAGAGGGAACAAGACACUGGCUCUUCAGCCUUCAGGCCUACCGGCUACAAGGUAAGAGACAUUAACGACGACAAGCCAUCAGAGUCACGGUCUUCUCGUCGUCCCGAGCCUCGUCCCGAGCCACCGCGGAUGGAAAAGAUCAAGGUGAAGAGAAUCGAGAAGCGGCUCAAGCCUCGGCCCACCCUCUCAGCAGAGUUUGCUGCUUCCGAUUCUGUCUACUACCGCAAGCCAGGCAAUGAGUCUGUGGUAGGAUCAGGAACAUACGGCAAGGUCUUCAAGGCGGUACAUGUGUAUACCAAGGACAUGGUUGCCCUCAAGAAGAUCCGGAUGGAGGGCGAGCGCGACGGGUUCCCUGUCACAGCCAUCCGAGAAAUCAAGCUCCUCCAAUCGCUCAACCAUGACAAUGUCGUCAAAUUACAAGAGGUCAUGGUAGAGAAGAACGACUGCUACAUGGUCUUUGAGUACCUAUCCCACGAUUUGACUGGUCUGCUUAACCAUCCUACUUUCAGGCUUGACCAGGCCCAGAAGAAAGACCUCGCGAAGCAGCUCUUCGAAGGACUAGAAUACCUCCACCGUCGCAGUGUCCUCCAUCGAGACAUUAAAGCAGCCAACAUCCUCGUCAGCAACACCGGGCAGCUGAAGCUCGCCGACUUCGGGCUCGCUCGCUUCUACGUCAAGCGGCGCAAACUCGACUACACUAACCGCGUCAUCACCAUCUGGUAUCGAUCGCCCGAACUUCUCCUUGGAGAAACCCAAUACGGCCCUGCAGUCGACAUCUGGUCCGCCGCCUGCGUUCUCGUCGAGAUUUUCACCAAACACGCCAUCUUCCCCGGCGACGGCGGCGAGAUCAACCAGCUGGACAAAAUCUACAACGUUCUUGGCACGCCGACAAGAGCGGAGUGGCCUGGUAUCGUCGACAUGCAGUGGUUCGAGCUGCUGCGACCAGCGGAGCGCAAACCAAGCACCUUCGCCGAGAAAUACAAGGAGCGCGUCACGCCCGAGGCAUUUGAUCUGCUGAGCGCCAUGUUCAGCUUUGAUCCCGCGAACAGGCCCACCGCGGCUGAUGUGCUGGAGCAUCCAUACUUCACGACUGAAGAGCCGUUGCCCAGGCGCGCGGAGGAGCUGAAAGACGUCGAGGGCGACUGGCACGAGUUUGAGAGCAAGGCGCUGAGGAAGGAGAAGGAGAGGCAAGAUAAGGAGGCCCGACGGGCUGCGAGGGAGGAGCAGCAGAAGAGGGAAGGAGAGAAGAGGAGAGCGGAUGCAGCGCCUGAGCCGGAGAGGGAUGCGAAGCGUGCGAAGGGGAGCGAUGGGACGGACGUUGUCAUGGCUAGUGGGUGA